GUCACUCGCGCAUGCGCACCCGGGUAACUAUCGUAAAUGGAGUCUGUUUGAAAUAGAGUGGCGGUGCAGUUUAAAGUCUUCUGAAACUUAAGUUUAAUAUUGAAUAGCCUCGUCGCUUUGCUCAGAGUGGUCGUAAUGGACAACAGCGCUGAUGGUGAAGCGCAGCAGGAAGAAAAGGAGAGAUCCACACCUUCGGCUGGACUCCAGUCCCCUCAUAUGGAUCGGAACCCGUCACCACCCCCAGAGCAAGCUGACGGAGAGGAGGGAGAAGAUCUGGAUGCCAUCGGAGACACCGUUUACAGCAAGCACUGGCUUUUCAGCACGCUGACGCGUCUCAUUCAGAUGGUUACAGAGCAUUCAGAGGAGAACUCAGAAGCUCAGAUGCAGCUCUCUGAUGAUGAGGAGGAAGAUCUUUGCAGGGUCUGGGAUAUGGCCAUGGACAAGGAUGUCGCUGGUUUUCUGCAAGAAUUCAAAGCUGCUGAUAUCCUUCUUGGAGUCAUUGCUAAAUCACGUUGCCCACGUCUUACAGAAAUUUGUGUAGGAAUCCUGGGUAAUAUUGCCUGCUUUCCGGACACAUGUGCGACUCUCAGCCAAAAUGAGGACUUGGGGGCUGUGCUGUUGCUUCUUCUGGGAGAUGCAGACCCUCCAACCCUUCUAGAAACCACCAGACUGCUGCUGACCUGUUUGUCUCAAAAAGACUUCUGUUCCCUGUGGCUUCAGCGAAUACGACAACAGACAUCUGUGUGCUUCAACCUUUGUUUCAUCAUGAGCAGUUCUACUAACACGGAUCUGCUGGAGAAGGUGGGAGAGCUGGUUGACAAGCUGUUUGACCUUGAUGAAGAAUUAAUGAAGUGCUGGCUCACAGCUCAGCCGAGUGAGAGGGAGGAGAGAGAUGGGGAAAUCAAUCUGGAUUUGAGCUUGUCUCUCCUUGAGGCAGCAAAGCAGCUCAGGUCGGAGAGUCCAAACGGUCUCGAGGUUUAUCUUCACAUCCUCCAACUUCUCACCACUGUAGAGGAAGGCAUUCAGGUUUUUGCGGCCCCUGAUGGACCGGGCAAACCAGUGUGGGACUUUGUUAGUGACGUCGUGUGCGAGGACCUCUGUCAGCCAAAUGAUCUUCCGGUCGUCCUGCAUGAGCAGAAAAGCGUUUUAAUUCAGGCAUUGUCUGUGCUGCAGGCCCUUUAUAGAUGCCAGGAUCAGUGGCGCAGCAAAAACGACACAAGUCUGUCUCUUAUUGGCUCAGUCUUUCGGGUGUGCUUACACCAAAGUGAGUUCAAACGUGAAGUUUCCGAUAAAGACGAGGCAAAUGAUGACCAGCUGCAAACUCUUGCAGAGAUCACCUCUGAGUUUCUAGCUGACCUUUGCAUUAAUAUUCAGAAGGACACGGUUGCAGAUUUGAUAAAGAAAGAUUACCUGACACAGAAAACAUGUCAAGCAGCUGCAGCCUGUUUGCUUCCCAAUUAUAAGACGUCUGUUCAGCACCUGCAGGCUGCAUUGUCCGAGACUGAUCCCCGACUGGCGGACGUGAUGAGGACACAGUUUCCUGUCUGAGGCUCCCUGCUGAUCCGUGUUUGGCUCUCAUUCACUUCUGCUUAUUAUAGCAGCUCCUUUCCAAAUAUUUGCAUUUCCAUGGCAAAGGCAUGAUCAUUAAUGUUAAACUUUAUCAUUUUUUUUUUGAUAACUUUAUUAUUUGCUUAUCUUGGUAAAAUUAAAGUUGCGUUCAUUGCUACAGUUUUUAAUUAAUGUCAGAAAACUAUGUUUGUACCGAGUAAUUGAAAGUGUUUUUAUUAAAAUGAUAUGUGCUCACAG